AGAGAGUGCUCGUCGUCGAUCGCCCAAGGUCCGGGACAACCCAAAAGGCCGCGGCGACAGCGGAGCAGCAGCAGCAGCAGCUCGCGCCGCCCCCCAACCGGAAGCCAUGGCCGCGCCGUCGGCGAUCCCCCGCCGCGGCCUGUUCAUCGGCGGCGGGUGGCGGGAGCCGUCCCUCGGCCGCCGCCUCCCCGUCGUCAACCCGGCCACGGAGGCAACCAUCGGUGACAUCCCGGCGGCCACGGCGGAGGACGUCGAGCUCGCGGUGUCGGCGGCGAGGGAUGCGUUCGGCCGCGACGGUGGGAGACACUGGUCGCGCGCGCCUGGGGCCGUGCGGGCCAAGUACCUCAAGGCGAUCGCCGCUAAGAUUAAAGAUAAGAAAUCUUAUCUAGCUUUGUUGGAGACUCUUGAUUCUGGGAAGCCUCUGGAUGAAGCAGCUGGGGACAUGGAGGAUGUCGCUGCAUGCUUUGAGUAUUAUGCUGAUCUGGCAGAAGCUUUAGAUGGGAAACAACGGGCACCAAUCUCUCUACCCAUGGAAAAUUUUGAGUCCUAUGUACUCAAAGAACCCAUUGGGGUUGUUGGACUUAUCACUCCCUGGAAUUAUCCUCUGCUGAUGGCUACUUGGAAGGUUGCACCUGCCCUGGCUGCUGGGUGUACAGCUGUAUUAAAGCCAUCUGAGCUUGCUUCCCUGACAUGUUUAGAGCUUGGUGGAAUAUGUGCAGAAAUUGGAUUACCUCCAGGAGUCUUGAACAUAAUUACUGGUCUGGGCACUGAAGCUGGUGCUCCAUUAGCUUCACAUCCCCAUGUGGAUAAGAUUGCUUUUACUGGAAGCACAGAAACUGGUAAGAGGAUAAUGAUUACUGCUUCCCAAAUGGUCAAGCCUGUUUCGUUAGAGCUUGGUGGCAAAAGUCCUCUUAUUGUCUUUGAUGAUGUUGAUAUUGAUAAAGCUGUUGAGUGGGCCAUGUUUGGGUGUUUUGCGAACGCUGGUCAAGUCUGCAGUGCUACUUCUCGUCUACUUUUGCAUGAGAAAAUUGCAAAGCGAUUCUUGGAUAGGUUGGUUGCAUGGGCAAAGAGUAUCAAAAUCUCAGAUCCACUAGAAGAAGGUUGCAGGCUGGGGUCAGUCGUUAGUGAAGGGCAGUAUCAAAAAAUAAUGAAGUUCAUCUCAACAGCAAGAUGUGAAGGUGCCACAAUUCUAUAUGGGGGUGCCCGACCACAACACCUCAAAAGGGGGUUCUUUAUUGAGCCUACUAUUAUAACAAAUGUUAGCACAUCAAUGCAAAUUUGGCGAGAGGAAGUCUUUGGACCGGUCAUCUGCGUUAAAGAAUUUAGGACAGAGCGUGAAGCAGUAGAACUUGCAAAUGAUACUCACUAUGGUCUAGCUGGCGCUGUGAUUUCCAAUGAUCUAGAGAGGUGCGAGCGCAUUUCAAAGGCUAUCCAGUCAGGUAUCGUUUGGAUAAAUUGCUCGCAACCAUGCUUUGUUCAAGCUCCAUGGGGAGGGAACAAGCGGAGUGGUUUUGGCCGGGAGCUAGGACAGUGGGGCCUCGAUAACUACUUGAGCGUGAAGCAAGUCACCAAGUACUGCUCAGAUGAACCAUACGGAUGGUACCGGCCUCCAUCCAAGCUGUAGAUUUGUCAUUCGUGUCAAGAGCGACGGAGCACGUCAUUACCUGAAAGCAAGAUCAACCCUGUACAUUCAGAACGGACGGACAGAAUCUUCUUUACAGUUGCUCUUACGGUCUUACAAUAAGCCUUGCAUGGCAAUAGCAACUUAUGAAUUACAGUAUAUGAUACUGCGUCAUCAAGCAAGCCAUGUGUGUGCUGUAUCAGACUAUCAUUCGCUUUGUCGAGCACCUGCAUUUGUCACCACUCACCACUGUUAAAGCAAGAAUGCAAAAUGCAAAAUGAAAAAGAAAACUGCAGUAUGCUGUGUUUAUGUGGUUA